AGACCUGUUCCAACCGCCUUUCUCAUCCGACCACGUGUUAGAAGUCGUUGCUCCAAUAUAGCAACCGCAGUACGGUGUCGACUGUAGCAGUAAAAGUAACGCUUUAUCAAUUAUCCGACCAAUUUGUAAUUAAUUGUUUGUCUUGAUUAAAAAUAAUUUCACUUUUAUUUUUAUUUAAAAUUUUCAUAAAUCAAUUUAAACGGUUUUUGUCGAGUGAUCUACCGCUCCAAAUUUUUUAACGGAUAUUUCACCAAAAAGUGUAACCACCACCAAUCAAUAUGAUUAAACUUGGGCUUUCAGAAUUUUUAAAGAAAAACGGCUACCGUGGACUUCAAUUAUGUCUAUUCACAAUAUACAACUCAUAAAGUGGACUUUUCCUGCGUUUGCAUUUAUAAUAGGAUUUUUGUGGUACAAACGUCGAGGUGUCGAGCGAGUUGACCCUGGCGGAAGAAGUAUAGAAGCUGAUAAGAAAUCAAAGAACAUCUCUGAAAAAAAUAUAGAUAAUAAUCAACCGAAAAACGGUUUAACUCUGUAUGAUUCUGGGAUACAUAUUGAUAAGACCUUCACCACUUUGAAUACGAAUAUUAAUACCCUCGGUCGAGUGUCUGAAGAAGUUGUCUGUAGCCCAAGGAAAGUUAGUGACAGUUUAGAUAUCCCUAUCAAGAAAUCCAGUCCACAAUCAAUUUCAAUGAGAUCUAGAAAAUCUUCCGGAGAAAAACACACUUGGUACGAGGAUAUUGAAGAUAUGCCAGAAAUGAACGAAGAAAUACUAGGCAGCAAUCCAAAGUUGUCGAGCUUUGAUUUGAUGACGCGGAGUCGACCUCCCAUUCUCGAAAAUAUUCAAGAUAAUGAAAAUAAUAUCGAAAAACAUUGUGAAGAAGAAUUAAUUAAAAAAAUGACACCCAAUGAACAGUCUAUACCCACUAUCCAAACAAGAUCUCGUUCAGUUAGCAUCGAAACCUGUGAAAAACCGAUCGAAGAAGUUUCCACUGAUGAGAACAAGACACGAGGUCAAGCUAUUUCUGAAAGAGAUUCUGCUAAUCAUAGUCCAGUUUCUGGUGUCUUAGAUGGAAGUGUUAAUGAUGAUAUACGAAGUGAAGGAAGUACUGAUAGUGGAAAAGGCGGAAGUAUUAAUGGACAAGUGUCAAAGAACAAAUGCACUACUGUAUAUGAAUUUGAACUGCCUCUUUAUUUGGUUGGUAAAUUCAUUGGAAGACAUGGAACGUGUAUUCAGGAGUUGAAUGCAAAAGCUGAUGUCAAUAUUCUAUUACAACGUCAUCCAACUGCAGGCAAACAUAUGAAGUUGUGUGUUAUUGAAGGACUACCAGAAAACAUCAAUAUCGCAUUGGAAUUGAUUAGGCAACAAUUUCCAGAAAAAAAACAUCCCUCUUUGACAUUAGAACAAGUAAACAUGACUCCUAAUCCAGAACAAGUACCGUGGAUGACAGAAUUGAUGCAUCUUCAAUUGAUCGAGGGUGUAAAUAAUGAUGUUAUGGUCUGUCACAUUAUCCAACCUAAUCGUUUAUUUAUUCAGCUUCCUACACACCCCACGUAUCCUUCAUUAAGGGUGUUAGAUUACAACAUGACACAAAUGUAUAGUACAGUUGAAUCACCUCCCGUACCAGAUCAACUUAGCCAGGGAAUGCUAGUAGUUGCGAAAUGGUAUGAUAAAUGGGUGAGAGCUUACGUAGAAGAACCCGAUCCAGCUGGACAACAAAAUUUGGUUCGUUUAGUCGAUCAUGGAGGAUUUUGGACAUUUAGUAAUGCAGAAAUGAGAAAAAUUAGAUCAGAUUAUCUUACGUUACCUUUCCAAGCAAUAGAAGUAUCUUUAGCAAAUAUUAAACCUGUGGGAGGUGAAUGGGUGCCGGAAGCAUACGAUAUAGUAGCUCAACUAUGUACUGGAAGUAUUGGCCAGGCACAGAUUGAAGGAUAUAUUGACACAGUAGUUUAUAUCAGCUUAUAUAUUAAUAUGCCAAAACAUGGCGGGGUAAUAUCAGUUGCACAUGAAUUGAUAGCCCGUGGGUAUGCAGAGCCUGUUUCUCUAGAAGAAUUGGCUGCAGAACAAGCGUUGUUGCAAGUAUAAUUGUGUGAUUUUAGGUUCCGUACCUGCGUAAGUCAGAUAAAUUAAAGAUUCGAAAAGUGUGAUUCGCGUAUAAUUGUAUGAUGAGUGAUUUAUGAACGUUGAUAUGAGUGUGUGAGUUGUUUCGUUUUACGAUGCAACACCCAUUUUUCUAUAAAUCAAUUCAUUGUUUUUAAAUAUCAUGAAUAUUCGGUAAAGUUACAUAGAUACAUACAAACAGCCUUGCCAUUAUUGGUAAACACUAAGUUGCGAUAAUAUUUGUACAAAAGGAAAAAAAAGUCAGGAAAAUUAUUUCUUAAAUACAUAAAAGCGUAAUGGUUUUUGACUGUACGGUUACAAGUACAUUUAUAUUCUAUUUAGAUUAUUGAGAUAUUAAUUUACAUGAGAAGUUUAAUUCUCAAUUACGAUAAAUUUAAAUUUUUCUAAUUUUCUAUAAAAAUUUAAUAAUUACGUAAAAUUGCAUAAAAAAAAGGUAAGAGUCAGUUUGUAUGAAUGUCAUUUAAUCUCCAUUCAUAUUUACUACUUAAGGGUUUACAAACGAAUUGAUUAAGUUAAUAUUUCAGCUUUUAUAUGCCAUAGAAUUUUGAUGAUGACAAUAUUUUUUCCUUAUUACUCAAAUAAAGUAUUUAGGUUCAGUGAGUAAUUUAAGUUGGAAAAUGAAUAUUGUUUAAAAAUAAUGCAAUGAAGGGUUGUCUUUUACGAAACUUUCAGGCUGAUUCUGGUCGUCAUACCUCUUCCUGUAAAUAUUGUAUCAAUAUAUAUCCGCUUAUUAAAUAUUUAUACUUAACAAUUAAAGUGUGGAACCAAGAUGAUAAUUAGCGUUAGACGUUGAUAAUGCAGCAAGAUAAAUAUAAAGUAGUGAUUUGUUUCAUUCUCAAAAAAACAUGAUGACAUAUAAUGUGUUUUGGUAUAAAGAAAAAAAAAAACAAUUUAUAUAUUUUUUGUUAAUUCGAUAGAGCUGAAUUUUUUUUUUCAAAGAAACAAAUAAUACUACAUAAUUUUAUAGAAAAUCGUUCUGCAACAAAAAUAAUUACUUUAUCACGUCAAAGAAUUUCUACAUAAGAUGUUCUACGAUAGCUGGGAAAAAUUUAUAAAAAACAAGUAUCAUUAAGAUAGAUCAGUUUAUAUAAAAAAAAAAAAAAUAGAAAAAUUAGUAUUUCGUACUGAGAAGAUGUUUAAAAAUUUAUAAUUGUUAUCAGAUGUUUUUUAUAUCAUUUCGUACUUCAUUUUGAUAUUAAAUAUCUCGUAAGAAAUCAAGAGAAUUACCAAUUAAAAUUUUUAUAUAUACUCAUAGUUUUUUCAUUAUUAAAUGAUUUACAACAUAAAAUAUAGACUAGUAAACAUCAUUUAGGCAUGCACACUGUUGUUAACUUUACUAAUUCUUUUUUCAAUGAAAAUGCAAUAAAUAAAUCUUGUUGAGAAUAUAUUUCCACUUUAUAAGAAUUAUACAACUUACGAGAGACUGAGAAUGCGAAAAAUUUACCAUUCUGUGGAGAUAUUAAAACAUUGAAAAAUGAAGUAAAAAAAUGUUCCUGUAUGGAAUAAUUUCUAUAGAAUUUUCGUAUUCAGCUUUAGUAACUUCCAAAACUGUUAUACAAGUUGAAAACUCGAUACUCAAUAUUGUUGAUUUCUAAACUGACUAAAAGAAUAUUUUUCUAGGAAUAUUAUUAAGAAAAUAUAAACUCACAAGCGAAAAUAGCUUACUAUAUAAGUACAUGUCAUUGUCAACGAGAUGUUAGUAAUAAUUUACUUUAAUGUUAUAGCGUUUUACUAUUACUAUAAAUCUUAAACGCAAAAUCUUUAUUUUCUUUUAUGUGAUAAAAGAAGUUUGAAUUCUUUGAGUUUAACAAUUAAAAUAAGGUUUUGUUUAAAUGUUUACUAACAUCGAAUAAGCGUUUUGUAAUUUUCUCGUUUUUGUAUAUAUAAUAUAAUCAACUAUUGGGCCCAGCUAUCAGUUCAUUUUUACGUUUCACUUAUCAUAUAAAAAAGUAUCAAGUGAUUUGUAUAUAUAUAUAUAUAUACAUCAGUGUAGUAUCUUUGGCGUUUAUAUUAAAUUUGCAUUUUAAUUAAAUGCUUUUAUUGAAAAUCAUAGAAUUUGGAAGAAAAGCGAUCAUGGUUCACGAAAAAUAAUAGAAAUAUUUUAAACAUAUAUUGAAAUAAAUCUAGGGCUAAUUAUUAUUAGGGAAUCGUACUUUCACUAUAAAAGAAAAUAGAAGAAAACAACUAUAGCCCUAGGCGUGAUUAUUUAGUGGUUCAUUUUGUGAUAAUUUUUCAUGAUAUUAGUUUUAAUUUUAAAUCAAAUUAUCGGUCAUUGAAAAAAAUAUUUUUUACCUAUUUAU